UUCCCAAAACUCGAAACGCGGGUCGCACCAAAACGGUGAGACCCAACUGAGAAAGGAAAAAAAGCCAUUCGUGAGAAAAUAAUGUCGAGAGCGCCAACCCAGAGUGUCAUCUUCUCCUCACACGCCGUCCAUCGGUCAUCUCGCCGGUGCCAUCUCCGACGAUUUUUCGAAGGCAAGCUCAGAUUUUGCAUCCUCUGGCGAUUUGCGUUCAUUUUUUAACCAUUAUUGUCUUCUUUCAUUGAAUGAGCCCCCCCUUCAAAUCUCACCGUUGUCUACCUCCAUCCCUGGUCGUCCAGACCAAUUUUCAUUGCCAGAAAACGGUUGAUCGUUGUUCUUCCAUAUCGACAGCCUUUGCAGUUAUGCUCAACUUGCAUUUCAAAUCCCACUCCAAAUAAGUUGAUAAGAGUGAGGCUGAUUAGAUUUGCGAUUGUGAAGGAGAAUGAAGUGUCGGUGUUUCUCAAAUCUUUGCAGGAGAAACUUGCUGAAGUGCACCAUACAGAAGUUGCAAACAGUGAACUUUCCUCUAAUUGAUUUGUCAUCGAUGGUUGAUACGGGAAAGCCCCUCAAACUAAUGCAAGACUGUGCAGCAUAUUCUACUCUUGAAACAGUGAACUACAACAAUGAUCAGGGCAUCAACAAAGUGUCACUGGCAAAGAGCUUAGCUUGUCUGGUUGAUGAAUCCCCUCUUACUGAGAAAAUAUGCAAGACCCGGAUGGAGCUAAAGAGGCUAAUUGAAAUCCGGAUCAAGAAGAGAGUGAAGGAGCAAUAUGUAGAUGGGAAGUUUCAUGACCUUAUGGCAAAAGUGGUUGCCAAUCCAAUGACUCUUCGGGAUGCUUACCUCUCUAUUAAGCUUAACUCAAACAUUUCUUUGGCAUAUGAGGAUGAUGACAUCUUUUCUGAAUCCAUAGCAGAAGAGCUCUUGAAUGGGAAUUUUGAUGUUAAUGCCAAUACAUUCUCUAUCUCCACAAAGGGCAAGAAAAAUGAAACCCUGGUCCUUCCUAAUAUAAAGUUGAGGGUUGUUCAAGAAGCCAUCAGGAUAGUUCUUGAGAUUGUUUUUAGGCCUCAAUUUUCUAAAAUCUCACAUGGUUGCCGCAGUGGAAGAGGACAUCAUUCAGCUGGAAGAUACAUAUGCAAAGAGAUACAUAAUGUAGAUUGGUGGUUCACAUUGCAUGUGAAUAAAAAGCUUGAUCAAAGUAUUUUGGAUAAACUCUUCUCGACAAUGGAAGAGAAGAUUGAAGAUUCCAACUUGUUUUGUGUCAUUCGUGAGAUGUUUGAUGCCCAAGUACUGAACUUGGAAUUUGGGGGCUACCCUAAAGGCCAUGGCCUUCCACAGGAGGGCAUUUUAUCUCCUAUUUUGAUAAACAUAUUUCUGGACCUUUUUGACCAUGAAUUCUACAAAAUCUGUAUGAGAUAUGAAGCUCUUGGUUUUGAUGUCAGUGUGGAUCGAGGUGGAUCCCAUUCAAAGCUGCGCAGUUGGUUUAGGAGGCAUAUGAAAGAUGGUGACCAUAGACAUCCAAAUGUAGAGAACACUGGUUUAAGAUUGCAUGCCUGUCGUUAUAUGGAUGAGAUAUUUCUUGCCGUUUCUGGCACUAAGGAUGUUGCUCUCAGGUUCAAGGCUGACGUCAUGAACUACUUGCAGAACUCUCUGCAUUUAGAUUUGCAGGAUCAGACAGAAGUGCUACCUGUUGUUGGCCCUCAAGGAAUUCAGUUUCUUGGUACUCUGAUUAGAACAGGUGUGAGAGAGAGUCCUGCUAUUAGAACUGUACACAAGUUGAAGGAGAAGGUUCAAUUAUUUGCUUCACAAAAGCAGAAAGCAUGGGAUUUGGGGACGAUUAGAAUAGGAAAGAAGUGGUUGGCUCAUGGUUUGAAGAAGGUUAAAGAGUCAGAAAUCAAACAUUUAGCUGAUUGUAACUCUGGGUUAAGCAAGAUCUCCCAUUUCCGUAAAGCAGGGAUGGAGACUGAUCACUGGUUCAAGGUGUUAUUGAAGGUAUGGGUGCAAGACAUAAAUGCAAAAGCUGAAAACCAUGAAGAGAUAGUGUUGUCAAAGUAUAUCUCAGAACCGGCACUACCUCAAGAACUAAGAGAUUCCUUUCAUAUUUUCCAAGAGCGUGCCAAAGAAUAUGUUUCCUGUGAGACAGCCUUAACACUUGCAUUGUUGCCCAAUUCAAGCACCACAACCCAAUCUAUUACCAUCACCGAGAUUGUGGCUCCUAUUAAUGUUAUUAAGAAGCGACUUUUGCGUUAUGGUUUGAUCAACAGUGAAGGACACCCUCGUCCUGUUUCAUCACUAAUAUUGCAAGAUAACACCCAAAUAGUUGAUUGGUUUUCAGGUCUUUCCAACCGAUGGCUUAGAUGGUACAGUGAAUGCAUCAACUUUAAUGAGGUUAAGCUCAUUAUUGUCAAUCAAAUAAGGAAGUCAUGCAUCCGAACACUGGCAGCAAAGCAUCGAAUGCAUGAAACUGAAAUUGAGAAACGAUUUGAGAUGGAGCUAACUGGGAUCCCUUCAACCCAAGAAAUGGACCUCGAGGUAGUUGAUGAGAUGUCAGACUCUCAGUUUUCUUAUGAUAAUCAGGCACUAAUUUAUGGCAUCUCUUAUAGUGGCCUGUGUUUACUAUCUCUAGCAAGAAUUGUAAGCACAUCAAGGCCUUGCAAUUGUUUUGUCAUGGGAUGUUCUGCUGCAGCACCGGGUGUAUACACCCUUCAUGUGAUGGAAAGGCAAAGAUUUCCAGGUUGGAAGACAGGAUUCCCCGCGGCAAUUCAUCCCAGCUUGAAUAGGAGGCGAAUAGGAUUAUGUAAGCAACAUGUGAGAGACUUGUAUCUGGGUCAUAUAUCACUUCAGUCGAUCAAUUUUGGUGCUUGGAGAUGAUUUUUUAAGCCAUGAUGCGUACAACAGGAUACUUGAAGACAUCUAAGAAUCUCUUGCUGGUGUCGUAUUGGAUGGCCAUAAAACUUGAUGCAUCACAGGACUAAAGUCUUUGUGAAGAUCAAAUUUGAAGUUUGUCUUUAUGAAAUUGAAAGCACCUAACACUAAUUGGCAAGUGAAAUGUAAGCUUGGUGCGGUCUGGGCUACAGUUACUGUAGGACACUCUAGGCUUACAGUUCAUUGGGCUCCAGAGCUUAGUUCCCACUAUGGAGAUAUUAUGGGCAGAGGAUAGGUUGUCAAACUGAUUGCAUCAAUGUGGUUCUGCUAUAUGAAUUUGGACUAUGCUCUUGCUUGGAUGUUGAAGAGUUGUACUUUUGGACGCUUGGACAAUAUGUAGAAAUUACUUGGCCAGUGUUUGCCAAGUCUUUCGGCAUGGGCUUUUGGGCUUGCAAGCUUGGCAGACAAAAAAUUGGUCUUAUUCUGUUUGGUAACGGGAAAACGAAUAGAUGUGAAGAUGCUCCCUGAAAAAGACCAAAACCCAUGAAUUUUAGGAAGCUUUAAUUUGAAGCUCCCAUCUUUUGGGGGUCUCUAAACUUCUGAAAAAUUGGGCCUCAGCUAACCGAUACAUGUGCAUAUCCCACACGUGACCUGAGCGUUUGAUGGGGGUUUGAUAACCCUCAUUUCCAUUUGAAUCCAGGCAGAGGAACACCAAGGAACAGAGAGAGCCCCAUUCCGCACUCAGGUGACUGGAUCUUGCAAACCGAACUGAUCCGGUUGCAGCAAAGCUGUUAUUCUCAUCAUAAUAGCCCAAUAUUAUGUCAUUGUAUUUUCACAAUAUUGUUCCAUUUAUGUGUGAAUUAUGGUUAAAUUGAGUCCACUGGAAAGAAAGGGUUUUUACAUUGUUCUGAUUUAGGAUUGAUCUUUGCAGUAAUGUAAAAUUUUUGUGAGAGAAUUACUUCUUUUGUAAUGCCUUUUAUCAUGAACACCAAGACGCUGAUGAUUAAACAUCUAUUCUAUUGGGUUGGUUGGAUUGAGCCUAACGUAUAUGCAAUCACCAGUGAUGCUUAGGUCUUCUGUCCUGAUUAAUAGCUGUUCUGUUAUAGCUCAUGAGCUUGUAAUUGUAGCAGGUGGAGUAUGGCAGAAAGUCAUCUCAUUAUGAAUGAGGGUUUGGAAAAAAAAAAAAAACGUUACAUGAUGUUUGAGAGAUUGAAAUUUUCCAAUUUGGACUUAGCUAUGGUCCUUUUAUGUGCUUCUUAUUUAUGCCCUUUCUCUGCUGCAGUGAAUAGAAUCACUAGAAAAGGUUGCCCUGUUUAUCCAAGCACAGUUGUCUUGUUUUCUGUUAUAACAGAAGCAAGAGCCUUGUCUUUAGUCUCUAAAACAUCUUGGAAGGUUAUUUUUUCUAUGGUGCAUAAAUGCAUCCUACAAACUUGUUUAUUUUGCGUUAUUUUGGCAUCAUUAGAUAUGUAAUCGAAUUAUCUAAGAAGACCACGAUCAUAUAGAACUGACAUGCUUUGAUCAGAGAAUUAUGACCAUUUUAUUACUAGGGUAUCAAUUCCUAAUGUGAUUUGUAUCUUUCUAGUUUUUUAGGCUCAUCUAAGAGUUGUUUGUUAUUUGUUUAGAUUUAAUAGUAUUAGUAAUAUAUUGUUUUUUUGAAAGAUCUAUGCGCUUACCUUUUCUUAAUUAAAGUGAUUAGAAGUUUAUUUUGAAAUUGAAAUUUAAAAAUAGAAUCAAUGGAAUGAACAGUUUGUUUUGACAUCACUUACAUAGAAGAGUUAAUAUCAUUCCUUCUGUCUCAUUUCUCUCUUCAUAUCUAAAUGUACAAUACUAUCUCUUUUCCUCUAAUUUCUAUAUUUCAAAUCUUGCUCCUUUUUCUUCUCUUUUUUGUGCUUCAAAUUCUAAAUUCUUCUUUACUCACCACAAACACCUCAAAUACAGAACAAUGUUUUAUAUGUAAUUUUUCUGUCUUAACUAUGACAUUAUUUCAAAGUUUGAGGACUACCUUUUUUACCCCACGGGGUAUUUAAUCUGGCAUACCAUACCAAUAAAUAGGUAUGACUUCAAUUGUUCUAAAUUCCACCCAUCAGUACACAUCACACAAAGCAUUUUUCUAGCAAAAAAAAACAGGACAUUUAGGCUAUGCUUGGUUUGAAGGAAAGGAAGGGGAAAUUUGGAAUAUUCCAAAGGAUUCCAAAUCUUCCCUCGUUUGGUUUGAUCACAAAUGAGGAAAAGAAAGGAAAAUGUGAGGAUGUAAAAUCACCAAAUGAGGAAAUGGGAUCCUUCCAUUUUAGUCGGAAACCACUUCCCUCGAAAAGGAAAGUAAAAAUGAGGGAAAAAAAAUCAAAAGCCUCCUUUGAUUGAGAGUUUC